CGUCAAACAAACCCCGCAGCAACAACAACAAUCAGCCAAGAGACUCAUUGACGACACUCCUCUUUAUCUGCCUGCGCGACCAUCCGAUUCCCUUCAUUUUUCUUGAAAUUCAUUCAAAAGUGCACCAAGAUCAUCACAAUGGCUCUUGUCGCGGUUGGUCAGUUGACGUCAACGGCCAGCAUGGCCAACAACCUUCGCCAAUGCCAGAUUCUGGUCAAGAAAGCAGUCCAAGCUGGUGCAAAGGCCCUCUUCCUCCCCGAGGCAACAGACUACAUCUCCUCCUCCGCCGAAGAGAGCCUCAGCCUCGUCAAGCCCGUGCAAGAAAGUGAGUUUGUCCUAGGUCUCCAAGAGGAAGCUCGCCGAUUUAAGCUGCCGAUCCACGUCGGCGUCCACGAACCCAGCAGCCAGACCUCUUCGCAGCAGCGCAUCAAGAACACAGUCCUCUGGAUCAACGAGCAGGGCGAGAUUGCGCAUCGGUACCAGAAGAUCCACCUCUUUGACGUGGACAUCCAGGGCGGUCCCGUCCUCAAGGAAAGCCAGAGCGUGGAGCCCGGGAUGAAGAUUGAGCCGCCGUUCGAGACGGCCUUUGGCAAGGUGGCGUCGACUAUCUGUUUUGAUCUCCGUUUCCCGGAGAUUGGUAUUUCUCUCCGAAGGCAGGGAGCCGAGAUCAUUACCUACCCUUCAGCAUUCACUGUUCCUACUGGACAAGCGCACUGGGAGGUUCUGUUGAGGGCUCGGGCGAUUGAGACGCAGUCGUAUGUCAUUGCUGCGGCACAGGUCGGUAGACAUAACGAGAAGCGGGUCAGCUAUGGCCAUAGCAUGAUCAUUGAUCCUUGGGGGAGGAUUGUUGCCAGUGUGGGAGAAAAGGCGGAUGAGCCUGAGAUUGCGACGGCUACCAUUGAUCUUGAGCUGGUGAAGAAGGUUAGGGCGGAGGUACCGUUGAGGAGGAGGACGGAUGUGUACCCGGAAGUGUAGCCGAGGGAGGCUAGCUACCUCUAGGCAUAGCGUGGGUUUGACAUGGUCCUGGAGGGAUUCCCCCAUGGUUGUAUCACAUCUGGGUUAAUCAUCACAGAGCCCGGAUCGACUGUCUUUCGACCCGAUUCGUCGGUAAUGCAUUGAAGAACUUCGGUGCCGGCGGGUCUUCACCCGAAGGCUAAAAGGUAUAUUUAGGGAUACCGUGACGCAAUAGCUUGCAACCCCGGGCCAGUCCUCCCCCAUCGUUCCCUUAUUCGGCCACGAACCGUCACCCCAGGAACCGGUCCAUGUCCGAAACCCUUUGCGUCAAUCACCACCUACAACACAGUGGAAGGUUCAUCACUGAUGGCAAGUCAACGGUAAUUGAGGACAGCAAAAAAGGGAAGUGCCAAAUAUCGAAAACGGUGACGUUCACCAACAUCAGCCUCAGCCAAUAUUCAGGUGUGUUGGAAUCCGCAAACCGACCGACCGACCCAUGACAUGG